AUGACACCAGAAGUUGUGAAAAAUCAGGUUCAGCCUCAGAGAAUUAUCAGGGAGAAGCAUGUUGCUAUGUUUUCUGCUCACAUUGUGGAUGAUGGACCGACAGUCCCGAUGCAAGGGUUAAAAGUAGUUCCUGCAGAAAGAGGCAAAGGAGGUUCAAGUCCCACUCCACCACUUGAGCUUGAAGCUGACAAUCCCAGUGCAAUACUGAAGGACUGCUGCACUAUUGAUGGUGCUUCCUUGAUUUCCCUUCGAUUUCCUUUGAAAAUUGUCCCCACUUUGAUAAGCGAGGCGAUCAGUAAAAUGAAGAAAAGUGGGGAUGAAUAUUAUGAACUGAUUUCUCUCCAACCGGAUGAUCUGAGGUCGAUACUCCUGAACAGAACUAGAGCAGAUAGAAAGGGGAACACACGUGUUGUGAGUUUGGGCACAGCUCCCUACAGAGAUCCAAUGGGAAGCUAUGUUUUCAGAAUCAACAUGUUUGGGAAGGAUUUAUCAGCAUUGAAAAGUGUCUUCCUCUCUCAGCUGCAAAGCCUACCUCCUUUACAAGGCAAUGUAAUUUGUCUACUGUCUGUAAAUCCAUUGCUGUUGCUCCAGUUGUGGGAAUUCUGUACCAAGGAUGUGGGGCUUGAGAAAGGGAAGCAAUGUUGGAAGGAUUUAUACAUUAUAGAGGGGGAUAUCUACCACAUUAUGGCUAGAUUAUAAUCAGACCACACAUAGGCCCUAAC